CCCUGUCCCUCCCCCUCCCCCUCCCUGUUUUUCCCGCCUCCGGGCUUUUUCCGCGUGGGUUGCCCCGGGUCCCUCUCCCUGUAACUUUCUCUGGCUCUCGGGCCCCCGGGGCGGCCCCCGCGCAUCCCUCCGCGCGCCGCGCGCUCUCGGUGCCCCGCCCGCAGCUCCCUGGCCCCGCGGGACCUGAGCCCUCCCCGCCCUCCCUGGCACUGGGCAUGCCCCGAGCCGGGGCUAUAUAAAGCCCGGGCGCCUCUAAUCCCCGUACACUGGUACGAGCUCAGGCCAGCCCGGCCAGCGCGCCGCCCCCUGCACCAGGUACCCCCUGCACCAGCCUCUUCAUCUGCAAGAUGCUUUCCUUAGGUCAGAUGCUCCCGGACCUGGCCCAGCCCAUGGCCGCCAAAGACCAGGAGGACGAGGGCUGCGGGGAGCAGCACGGGGGCACGGAGCUGCCUCCCAGGGGGCCCCUGCUGGGCUCCUGGCAUCAGGACGUGAACCUGGCUUGUAAGAGCUGCCCCGAGGAGGGCGCGUCCCGCGCAUGGACUACCUUCUACUACAACCUUUUACAGAGCUGCCUGCAGCAGGCCGGCCUGCCCGAGACGGGGGACCGCAGCCUAGAGCCUCACCCAGGCUGUCCCGGGGCGGAGGUGACCAUGUGCAUUCUGGGAUCUCCCAGUUCCUUCUUCUCUGUGCUGCUGGAGGGCGGGGCCCAGAGCCCAGGAAACUCGCUGCUGUGUCUCUCUCCGUCCUGGCUGAGCAAAGUGCCUGUGGCCGGAGAGCCGGGGGACUCGGCCCUUCUGGUCUCCAAGGCCGUGGCCUUCUACCCGGGGGGCCUUUCCUUCCUGGAGGAGUUUGCCCCCCCGAGGCGGGUCACCUACUUCCUGGGGGAGCUGGGGCCCAGGGCCGGCCGAGGCCGGGAGGUGGCGGAGCUGAGCCGGGGCCUGGGCUGCCCCGCGGGGGGCUCGGCCGAGCUGGCCCGCCUUCUGGAGGACCGGCUGCUCGUCCGGCAGCUCCUGGCCCAGAGCGACAAGGUGGCAGUGCCCGCCACGCUGGCCCUGACCUACAAGCCCCCCCCGCAGCUGCGGGGCCAGGUGCGGGCCCAGAGCCUGUGGCGCGUGGAGCUCAGUGACAAGGAGGGGCAGUGGGCGCUGGUGGAAGAGGAAGUGGAGACCUUCCUUCGCUUGGGAGCCCUGGGAGAGGCCCGCCAGGUGGCAGUAAAACCCGGGGGCUGGCGCUGGCGGGGGUCCCGGGCCAUGAGCCUGCACCCGAGGUCCGAGCCGGGGGCCGUGGUGCGAGCCGUGAUGGCCCUGCUGGAGAAGCUGGAGGAGGAGGAGAGCGUCCUGGUGGAAGCCGUGUGUCCCCCGGCCCACGUCCUGCAGCCCGACGCCCCCGGGAAGCUCGCUUCCCAGCCAGAGCUGGCCAUCCGGGCCUGUGCCGUCGUGUGCAGAACGCAGGGCGAUCGGCCUCUCAUGAGUCAGGUGGUGUGCAGCGUAGGCCGGCCCGAGCAGCCCCUGCGGCACCAGGUGGCCCUGACACAGAGCCUGGAGACCGCCCUGGCGGCCUGCGGCCUCAGCGAGCCGGCCGCGGUGGAAGCGCUGCGGGGCCGCGUGCGGGAGGCGGCCGAAGCUGCGCUCGGAGCCGUGCUGGACUUCGAGGCGUCCCUGAGUCCUGAGCAGCGGGGCGGCCGCCAGGCGCAGACCGACGUGCUGGGUGUGGACCUGGCGCUGACCCCCGUGGGUCCGGGAGGCGCCCUGAGCCCCGUGCUCCUGGAGCUCAACAGCUGCCUGUGCCUGGAGGCCUGCGGGCUCCUCGAGGGCCAGUGGAGCCGGCGGGGCCUGCGUGCCCAGUGGGCGGCCGCGGGGCCCCUGGUGGAGACCAUGCUCCGGCGCUCGGCGCGCCACCUCAUGGAGGGCAAGCACCUGCUGGUGGUGGGCGCCGGGGCAAAAAAAAAGAAGUUCGUGUGGGAGGCGGCCCGCGACUACGGGCUCAAGCUACACCUGGUGGAGUCGGACCCCAAUCACUUUGCCUCUCAGCUGGUGCAGACCUUCAUCCACUUUGACGUGACGGAGCACCGGCGGGACGAGGAGAACGCGCGGCACCUGGCGGAGCUGGUUCGGGCCCGGGGCCUGCAGCUGGACGGCUGCCUCUCCUACUGGGACGACUGCCUGGUGCUGACAGCCCUGCUGUGCGAGGAGCUGGGCCUGCGCGGCUGCCCCCCGGCGGCCAUGAGCCUGGCGAAGCAGAAGAGCCGGACGCAGUCUCACCUGCUGCGCUGCCGCAGCCCGCGCUGGCCCGCCCCCUCCGUCUACGCCGUGCCCUGCUGCCCGCUGGAGGGCCCGGAAGACGUGGAGCGAGCGGCGUGCGUGGUGCCCCUUCCCGGCGUCAUGAAGCUGGAGUUCGGGGCGGGGGCCGUGGGGGUGCGCCUGGUGGAGGACGCCUCCCAGUGCCGGGCCCACUUCGCCAAGAUCUCCCGGGACCUGCAGGGGGAGGCCGACCACCCGGGCAUCGGGCUGGGCUGGGGCAACGCCAUGCUGCUGAUGGAGUUCGUGGCGGGCACGGAGCACGACGUGGACCUCGUGCUGUUCUCCGGGAGGCUGCUGGGGGCCUUCGUCUCGGACAACGGCCCCACGCGCCUCCCGGGCUUCACGGAGACGGCGGCCUGCAUGCCCACGGGGCUGGCCCCGGAGCGGGAGGCCCAGCUGAUCCAGGCGGCCUACCAGUGCUGCCUGGGCUGCGGCCUGCUGGACGGCGUCUUCAACGUGGAGAUGAAGCUGACCGCGGCGGGGCCCCGGCUCAUCGAGAUCAACCCCCGCAUGGGCGGCUUCUACCUGCGGGACUGGAUCCAGGAGCUGUACGGGGUGGACCUGCUGCUGGCGGCCGCCAUGGUGGCCUGCGGCAUCCCGCCCGCGCUGCCCGCGCGGCCCAGGCCGCGGGCCUGCCUGGUGGGCGUCAUGUGCGUGGUGUCCCAGCACCUGCGGGCGCUGAGCUCCACGGCCAGCCGCGAGGCGCUGCAGGCGCUGCACGAGCGCGGCCUCAUCCGCCUCAACCUGCUGGAGGAGGAGCUGGUCCCCGGGGAGUACGAGGAGCCCUACUGCAGCGUGGCCUGCGCCGGCAGCAGCCCGGCCGAGGCCCGCCAGCGCCUGCUGGGCCUGUGCCAGGGGCUGGGCAUCGACUCCCCGAACUACCCCGUGGCCCAUUUCCUGUCCCACUUCAAAUAG